AUGGAUUCAGCUACUGUGCCAACACAGUCACCCUCUCUCAUAACGACUGCGCUCGUCGUGGUCACGAUUCUUUUCCCCAUUAUAUCAGCUGUUGCGAUAUGGCUUCGGGUUGUUGCUAGGCUACAGUCGAAGCAGCCGUUCUAUGCAGACGACUAUUGCAUUUUCGUUAGCUGGUGGCUGUCACUGGCGCUGAGUAUCCUCGUCUGGAUUUAUGCUGGCAAGUCGGGCAUCAACUUCUACAAUGUGGACUUUUUGACCGGCACGGAGGCUUCUCUUGAGCUGAUUUACAUUUCUUCCGUCUAUGUGCAAUGGCCGCUGGCUGUCGUGAAGAUCAGCGUGCUUCUUUUCUACAAGCGCAUCUUUUCAACGCCUAUUUUCAAAACCGUCUGUUGGUGUGCGAUUGGACUGAUUGGGACAUGGGGAAUUUUAUUCUUCAUUCUUGUUCUCGUUCAGAUCGACCCGGUUGCGUUUCCGCUCACUCAGGUUUCGCUGCGUUUCAACGAUACAGCCUUUGGGCUGGCCCAGGUGGCCACUAGCUUCACACUCGACAUCAUCGUCCUCUGCCUGCCCAUCCCAAUCAUUAUUGGACUCAAUAUGAAGAGGCAGCGCAAGCUAGCGCUUGUCUUGAUCUUCUGGCUCGGUGCCUUUUGCGCGGUGGCCGCCAUUGUCCGAACGGUCUUGCUGGAGCAGUCCAUCCGCGAAGUGAUUGGUUCUAAUGACUAUGCCCGCGUCUCCAACCAAUCCAAGCAAUACAUUUUCCUGAUCAUUGAACCCAACUGUUCUAUUCUGGCGGCCAGCCUACCAACAUACGGGCCUCUGUUCUCGGGCGGAGGGGGCAUGGAAUCAAUCUUUCGAAGCUUGCGCAGCGUCUUCAGCCUCCAGAGCUACAGAAGUGGCAGUAAGAGCUCGAGCCGUAGGAUGUAUGAAAGCUCGCCAAGCCAGCAGCUCAAGAGCUCGCAGUCUACCGAGUCUCAGAUUGAACUUCACCGUGUCGAGAAUUGGCAAGGAAGGGGCUUUCAGGAGGUCUCGGUCUCACAUGAUGACAGAGCGCCACCAAUGCCGUCAGCAUUGAGGAAUGGGAUUGCUGUCACCAAUGGCAUCUCCGUGCAACACUGA